AUGUCAGUGAUGGAAAAAUAUGAGAAUGUUUCCUGGAUCCCCCAGCACAACCUGGAAGAUCCAUUCGAGAAAUACCGGAACAGCACCGAGGACUACCUGACCUUUCUCUGUGGGCCCCGGCGCAGCCACCUCUCCCUCCCAGUAACUGUGGUGUACGCGCUGAUUUUUGUGGUUGGGGUCACUGGGAAUCUCCUGGUGUGCCUGGUGAUUCUCCGGCACCAGAGUAUGAAGACACCCACCAACUACUACCUCUUCAGCUUGGCUGUCUCGGACCUCUUGGUCCUGCUCCUUGGGAUGCCCCUGGAAGUCUAUGAGAUGUGGCGUAACUACCCUUUCCUCUUUGGGCCCGUGGGCUGCUACUUCAAGACGGCCCUCUUUGAGACUGUGUGCUUCUCCUCCAUCCUCAGUGUCACCACGGUCAGCGUGGAGCGCUAUGUGGCCGUCCGCCACCCUUUCCGCGCCAAGCUGGGGAGCACCAGGCGGAGGGCCCUCCGGGUGCUGGGCGUCGUCUGGGGUUUCUCUGUUCUCUUCUCUCUGCCCAACACCAGCAUCCACGGCAUCAAGUUCCACCACUUCCCCAAUGGGUCCUUGGUCCCGGGCUCUGCCACCUGUACGGUGAUCAAGCCCAUGUGGAUCUAUAAUCUCAUCAUCCAGGUCACCUCCUUCUUCUUCUACAUCCUCCCCAUGACUGUCAUCAGCAUCCUCUAUUACCUCAUGGGCCUCAGACUGACGAAAGACCAAACCCUUGAGGCAGAAGAAAUGACUGCAAAUAUUCACAGACCCUCCAGAAAAUCAGUCACCAAAAUGCUAUUCAUCCUGGUCUUAGUGUUUGCUAUCUGUUGGACCCCGUUCCACAUCGAUCGGCUCUUCUUCAGCUUUGUGGAGGAGUGGACCGAAUCCCUGGCUGCUGUGUUCAACCUCAUCCAUGUGGUGUCAGGCGUCUUCUUCUACCUGAGCUCAGCUGUCAACCCCAUCAUCUAUAACUUACUCUCCCGCCGCUUCCGAACCGCGUUCGGGAAUGUGAUCGCUCCUUCCUGCAAGCAGUGGCACCCCCAGCAUCAUCCAUCGGGGCCCCCUGCCCAGCGGAACGUCUUCCUGGCAGAAUGCCCCCUGGUGGAGCUGACCGAAGACGCGGGUGCCCGGGUCCCCUGUCAGCUGCCCACCUGCAGCCCGCACCUCCCCGCAGCCCUCUGUCUCGGGCAGGCACCGCGAAAGGAGCUCGCAGACGCUUGA